AUGCUGAGACACGGAUUCCAUUCAGACGCACCGAAAGAAUCGUCCAUCGAUCUUCCUUCCGCGACGUAUACCAACGAGGUCAUGGCGCCAUCUACUGGACGUGCAGCACAAGUUCUCGCUUCGUCAAUCUAUGGCAUACCGCCGCCGGCCUCGCUGGAGGAGGCCAGCGACGAGGGCGAGCAGCGCCCGCAUACUGCCCCGCUUGGCCCGCUGCGUUCGCAGUCGCACCUGUACUCAUCUCUGCGAGCGCACCCCUCCGCACCCGGCGCCGCGAGCACUUCUCACUUUAUCGUGCUCACGCCGCCCGCAGACCUGUCUGCUGCAUCGCUGCCCCCACGCAGCGCAACCGUAGCAACGCACACGCGCCGCGGGAUUCUACUCCCGCUCUACCCUACACUUGGCGGCCAACUCUACGCACUUGCGCGCGAGUAUGGUCUUCCAUCCAUUGGCGGAAUCUCGCUUUAUCUCCAGGACAAUGGCUCCGGCGAAGGUGGCCCGCGCAUCGGCGAUGCAACUUGGGCCACGCUCUGGAGUGCCUUUUUCGAGGAGCCCGCGCAUGACGCGGACGGCGACCGAUCCAACACGGCGCCUCUGCCGUACACGGGAAAGCAAGGGAUCUAUUCUCCUGGGCGCCGUGGUCUUCCGCGCGUGCCAAGCAAUGCCAGCCUUGCGAGCAACCGCAGCGUGUCCGCUGCCAACUUUGCGCUUGAGAAUGGUCAUUUGCCCAUUGUCGGCCGCUUUGAGUGGGCCGUUGAUCCGCAGCGCGCACGCUGGUGGCGCUUGUUUAUCGGCGAGGCCGACAAGGCCGACGAGGAAGAGCCUGUCGCAGAUACGGGGCGCAGUACACCCGGCGCUGGACGCCGUCCGCUGCGCCUUACCAGCCAGCUGAGUCCCGGGUUGAAACAGGGGCGCGGUGCGCAGGACGCGUCGCUUGAAGCGCGUUCCGAAGCGAGUUCGCCUGACGCGCAGCCAGCCCCAGAGCAACAAGCGCGCGACAACGGCCCCGAACCAAAAGAGCACACUAUGAGCGCGGCCGUUGCGAGCAUUUCUGCCGCUGCUUCGCGCUUCUUUGGCGGACAUGCGCACGACGAGCAAGAUGUGCCCAAGCCGCAAACGCCCAAAUCACCCGUGCGCGACGUUGAAGAAGCGCGCGAGCGUCUUACCGAGAUUGAGCGGCACAAUGCGCAGCAGCGCCGCCACGCACAUCGCGCUUCGAUCGAUGUGCCGCGCUCUGUACGCCGCGCUUCGCAGCGUAUCAGCUCCAUGCUUCAAAACGAGCAGCCCACGCAUACGCGCAAUACGUCGUUGGAUGCACCCGCACAAUACAAGCAGCUCAAGGAAGCGGCGGAGACCGCGAAUUUGAGCGGCGUUGACGAUGCGCCAUGGCAGUCGGAGCGCCCCGCACAGCUUGCAGCGUCGCGCUUUGCAAGGCCAGCGCAAGCGCCGAGCGCCCCAGCACUGCCCGCGCGGAAAACCACGGCGCGACCGCUUCUGCACUCUGCCGAAGGCGACAUCUUUGGCAAACCGCCGUGGUCCGAGCAGCACACGCAAGCCACGGCGCAAUCCGAGGAUGUGCGCACCUCGCUGCGCAGUCCCAUCACCCUUGGCAAUCUGCCUGCAGAGUCGCCGAUGCUCUCCAUUGUUGAUCCGCCGAAAGACACGCAUGCCGAGCCCACGCUGAGCCGCGAAGAGAGCGCUGAGCUGGACAGUACGCUUUGCGAUUUGCAGCGUGCAUUGGAUCUUCUCUCUGUGAAGAAGCAGCCUGGAAAGCAGAGCCGCUCUGCGCCGCCCACGCAGGAGCGCGGGCUUGGCUUAAGUACGUAUGCGCCGAUUUCGGCGCCACUCACGCUUCCUGCCGAAGAUACGAGCUUCGAUUCGAUGCACGCGCCACGCCCAUUGUCGACAGCGACGAACGGAACGCCGGCGUACGUUCGGUAUGGAAUUGCCGAUACUUCGUCAUCCUCCAUCAUUGACAAGCAUCUUGGUUUACCGGCGCGGCAUUAUACACAAAGCUCGCAGCGCCAGUUCAACCGAGACUCGGAUACACCUACCAAGAUACGCAAUGAUGCAUACGAUGCAAUUGGCAUGCAUGCCAAAGAGACGCGUCAAGUGUUUGAGCAGGACGCUGACGCGCGGAGCGGUAUUUUGCAAGUCGAGCCCUUGCAGCUGCGUGCAAAGCAUGGGGCCCUUGCAGACAAUGGCGACGAUUUUAUGGACACACAGGCGGCCAAUAGAGCCGAGUCGGGCCUGCAAGAGGGCAGCAUCUCGAUGAACUAUUUUCAGUCAGAGUGGGCCGGCACACCUAAGGAUGCUCCACCGCCACUGCCCCCCAAGGACCCCGAUGCAUCGCUCAGUAUGCACGAGACGCCGCGCGACGAGCCGACGCAGUUUCAGGAACCCAGGAAGCUCGAGUACGUGUUGGAAGAGAUGGGUGGGCAUGCGGGCGUGACGCCGCGUGCUGAGGCGCCCGUGCGUGAUGAAGAUGAUUGGGCGCGCUGGUCGUCUGGCCAAGUGGCCCAGCAGUACGCAUCUGGCAACACGCUCCAGGACGUGCCCCACGGUGCGUUUUUGGAGCAGCAGCAAGGCGCAUCGCAAGGCCAGCAGCCGCCUCCUUUGCAAAAUCAGCCUCCUCUGCCUUCCCAACUACUUGAAUCGCGGCCCGAAUACACAAAUAUGGGCUCUCAAGACCCGCCUCUCAACCACGGCAACGACACGCUCGACUCGCAGGCCAACACCAGCAGCUUCUUUUCCCCUGACGCAUCCAGCCAGCAAGACAUGCCCGAGCGCCGUCAAACGCCGCCAAAUGCCGAGCCCCAAGCCGUUUCUACAAUGAGCCCCAUGUCGCCCAACACUUCCAAACAGUCCGUCUUUUCUGCCAUCACACAGCGCUCUCCGCGCCGCAUGCGCAACUCGGCCUCGAGCGACCGCGUUCAGUCCGGCAUGGGCAGUCCCCAGUCGGGCCCCCGCGGCUUUUUUUCUAAGGUCUCGCCUAAGCUAAAGUGGCCCGUUGGCCGCCGCAAGAAAGGCGCAGAACUGAAGACCAACGUUUCUGCGCCCAUUGCCGCCAUGCCGAUUCAGAAUGCGGAAGAAUUGACCGAUGUGGAUCAUGCGGAAGCCCGCAAUUCAGCUGUAUCCAUCUCCUCUGUCAGCCGCGGCCACACAAGCUUGCGCAACAAAGAUCCGUACUUUGAGCCCGGCGCGCUUACACACUCUCCUUCCUUUGGCGCAGCUGCCAUGGACGAUAGCGCGCAAAACACGUCGCUGCACAGCACCUUCUCAGGCCCGACACCAACCUUGCGCCAGGAGAGUGCCGGCGCACCUGUGUCGAUGCCCCAAAUGCACGGCAUGGAUCAAGCACCGCAGCUUCGCAGCCCGUUUGGCGGUGACCACAGCGGCGCCCUGCCCGAGCCGGGAUUUACAAACGCAAACCAGUCGUUUUCUUUUGACGAUCCUCGCAACUUUGUCGAGGGGAUGCACGCUCCCUUUGGAUCCAUGCCUCCGCAAGGAAUGCAAGCGGGUGCACCGUGGAAUGCACCGCAGCUUGCCGAGCAGCCGGACCUGCCGGCUCAGAACUCGACAGGCUUUGCCGACGGGGAUGCUGGCCAGCUUGCUUUCCAGCCAGAGACGGGCGUGUUUGGUGUGCCUCCGUCUGGGGCGUCGGGUGUCGGCAAUAUGAACGUGUCGGGCGUAUCAGCGAUGGACAAUGCUGUGCCGGACGCUAGGAUUAUGAACACACUUAGCCUGCCGACGUUUGCCAUGGCAAAUGGCGCUCAAGAUACGGUUCCCCGUACAGGCAACUUUGCUGGCGGUGCUGCUCCGGAAAUGCACCAUUUUAACAGUGACGCGACGCAUAUGGUCUUCUCGCAUGAGAACGCAGGACGCGGAUUUGUGUCUACUGCAGGCUAA